AUGCAACCAGAGAUGCAAAAACAAAACAACCUAAAAUGGAUGAGUCUUAUUGCAUUGAUCCUGCAGACAACAGGCAUCGUUCUUCUUUUACGGUACUCGCGUACACGAAAAGGUGAAACGUAUAUCUCCUCGACAGCGAUUGUUGCUUCUGAAUUCAUCAAAGGAUUGAUAUGUGUUGUUCUUGUUUGGUUUGAAAACGAUUGCUCAUUCCCACGAUUAUUUCGUAAAUUAAACGAGGAAAUAUAUGGCAAACCGUCUGAAACAUUCAAGUUAGCGAUACCCAGUGGUUUAUACGCAAUACAAAACAAUCUUCUAUUCGUGGCUUUAUCCUAUCUCAAUGCUGCAACAUAUCAAGUUACUUAUCAAUUAAAAAUUUUAACAACAGCACUCUGCUCUGUUUUUAUGCUUCGAAAACGCGUGGAAAAGCAUCAAUGGUUUUCUCUGUGUAUGUUAGCACUCGGUGUGGCGUUUGUGACUUGGCCAUCGUCCGAUGAAGUCGCUAAACGCGCCGCUUCACAAGUUCAACGAUCUUGGUUUCAACAAUUCAUUGGUUUUGGCGCUGUUCUCAUGGCAACACUCACAUCCGGUUUUGCUGGAGUUUACUUUGAGAAAAUUCUCAAAACUGGACCAACAUCAGUUUGGAUGCGAAAUAUUCAAUUAGCUAUCUUUGGUACACUCUUUGGUUUAGUAAUUGUGUACAUAUUUGACUACAAUGCUGUGAUGGAAAAAGGAUUUUUUCAAGGAUAUACAACGAUUGUAUGGAUUGUUGUGCUUCUUCAAGCGGUCGGUGGUUUAAUAAUAGCUGCUGUAAUUAAAUAUGCUGAUAAUAUAAUUAAAGGCUUUGCUACUUCACUUUCAAUUAUUCUUUCAUCCGUUGUUUCGUAUUUCGUUCUGAAUGAUUUCACGCCGACAGCAUUUUUCUUCAUGGGAACAACGCUGGUUAUUACGGCUACAUUUCUCUAUGGAUGGGAGAAGAAAGUGAAAGUCAAUCCAAAAAAGAGUAAGCUUGCGCGUAUCAAGGAAACAAAUUAUUUUGUAUUCGAAUUGUUACUCACUUUAUAUAGUAGUAUGGAUGAUCAUACGAUAAAGAACGAUCAGGAUCCUCAACAAGUCGAACCUAAUCUGUCAUUUGUCGCACAAAAUGAAACAGUUAGUACGACGACAAACAUGUCUCCGCCGCCAUCGCGUAUAGUACCAAGUUCUUCACGUCCAAGCACAUUGCAGCUCGGUGGUCAACGCAUGGGUAAUUCAAUUCUCUUAACGCCAAGUGACUACAACAAACUUCUGCUGAGCACACCAGAAUUAGAUGAAAAACUACGUGGCUAUACAAUUGUUUCGAAUACAACUCCAACCGUUCAAUUACAAACUCCAGAUAUUAUCAAUGCUAUAACAGCACAGCCAGCAAGUAAUAUAGCAUUUGCUGCUGAUGCCCAACCAUCGCCAGGUGUUAAAGUUCUCGAAGAAUUAAUCAAUGCACAUCAACAACAAAUUCAGUCCGAUGGCAAUGGUCGUCAAUAUAUCGUCUUUCCAUCGGAUACUCAUCAGCUAUUACAACAAAUAUCGUCUUCUGUAGGUGGUGAUCAAUUAAGUCAACUAACACAAGCAUUACAAAAAGCGAUUACUGCAACGACACCGACUAGUGCCGAGAUCCAAAAUCAAACUCAAAAUCAAGAACACGUUCUAACAUAUCUCGCGAGUCGUAUUCCACAUCAACAAGGACAGGAACUUCAUACCCGUAAUCGUUCGAUAUCCUCAUCAAUGGAAACAUCAAUGAAUGGCAAUGAAUCGUCCAAUUCUGCUUUGUCAUCUUCAGCACCAAGUCCGAUGACUGCACAUAUUCAGCAUAAUACAAUUAUGUUAAAUAAAGUGAAAGAUGAACCUCAACAUGUUCCGAAUCUACGGAACAACAAUGGCAAUUCGUCGAUUGAACGUAUUAGUCUUGAACACAAUGAAUUAUUGAAAAAAGAGAAAAAACGUGAACGAAACCGUCAAGCAGCACAAAAAUGUCGAACGCGUAAAUUAACACGCAUAGCAGAACUGCAAAAACGUGUCAAUGAAUUACAAGAGAAAAAUCGAGAUCUAUCAAGUACUGCCGAUCGAUUGAAAACGGAUAUUAACAGAUUAGAACGACAAUUGCAAGAACAUCAAGCACAAGGGUGUACAUUAACUGCCACGGGAUCCGUUCUAUCCUAA